GCAUCUCUCUAUGGUCGAGCCUUGCCAGCGUAGAGAUGUUCAGUAGUUCCGAUCAGUUCCUGUCGCCCACCUUCCACUCGCCGCCCAUGUGCGGUCCCGGCGGGCAGCAGCGCGUCCACUCGUCCCUGUCCCUCCCCGAACCCGAGCCCUGGAGGAAGCCCCUCCCGGCCGCCCGGCCCGGCCUGGCGCAGGGCGUCCGUUCCUGCUCCCUGCAGGUGCCCCGCAGCGAGUUCCUGGAGCUCCCGGCUCGGGCGGCCAGCUUCGACCUUCCGCGCGGGGGAGCCGACGAUUCCGACCGCGGUUCGGGGUCCCCCAGCCCGCACGGCGUUCUCCGGCGCCGCGGGGGUCUCGUGGAGCAGAAGGACAUCAUCAUGGCUCACCAGGCUCACAAGAUGCAGAGCACGCCGCAAGCUCGCAGGAAGGAGUGGGAAAUGGCUCGCUUCGGAGACGAGUCCGCCCCGAGCACCGUGGACUCCGGGGACGGAGACGCGGAGCGCGGCGGCGGCGACGCGCAGGACUGCGGGGCUUCGGCGGCGGCUGGAGGAGGAGGUGCCGACGGAUCGGGCGCGAUGACGGCGUCCAUGAAGCAAGCCAAGGCGCAGCGGGCCCGGACCAUGGCUCUGUACAACCCGGUGCCGCACCGGCAGAACUGCCUGACGGUCAACAGGUCGCUGUUCAUCUUCGCGGAGGACAACAUCAUCAGGAAGUACGCACGCCGAAUCAUCGAGUGGCCGCCAUUCGAGUACAUGAUCCUGGCCACCAUCACCGCCAACUGCGUGGUGUUGGCUCUGGAGCAGCACCUGCCCGGAGAGGACAAGACCCCCAUGGCCAAGAGGCUGGAGAAAACGGAGCCGUACUUCAUUGGCAUCUUCUGCUUCGAGGCGGGCAUCAAGUUAUUGGCGCUGGGCUUUGUUUUCCACAAAGGCUCCUACCUGAGGAACGGUUGGAACGUCAUGGACUUCAUCGUAGUGCUCAGCGGGAUCCUGGCAACGGCAGGCGCGCACAUGAACAUCCCCGUGGACCUUCGCACUCUGAGGGCCGUGCGAGUCUUAAGACCCCUCAAACUCGUCUCCGGCAUCCCCAGCCUGCAAAUUGUGCUCAAGUCCAUCAUGAAGGCCAUGAUCCCUCUGCUGCAGAUCGGCCUGCUCCUCUUCUUCGCCAUCCUCAUGUUCGCCAUCAUCGGUUUGGAGUUCUACAGCGGGAAGCUUCACCACACCUGCCUGCCAUCUGUCGACAUCCUCGACAAUGAAACGGUGGAUUCGUCCGAGUUGGCGUUCGCGUGUGGCGUGAGGAAGUGUCCGGAGCGAUACGGCUGCAACGACACGUGGAUCGGCCCUAACGACGGCAUCACGCAGUUCGACAACAUCCUGUUCGCCGUCCUCACCGUCUUCCAGUGCAUCACCAUGGAGGGAUGGACGGCUGUUCUCUACAACACUAAUGAUGCACUGGGUCCCACAUGGAACUGGAUGUACUUCAUCCCGCUCAUUAUCAUUGGCUCCUUCUUUGUUCUCAACCUGGUGCUGGGAGUCCUGUCUGGAGAGUUUGCCAAAGAGAGGGAACGGGUGGAGAACAGACGAGCCUUCAUGAAGCUGCGGAGGCAGCAGCAGGUGGAGCGCGAACUGAACGGCUACCGCGCCUGGAUAGACAGGGCAGAGGAAGUGAUGCUGGCAGAGGAGAACAAGAAUUCCGGGAGAUCAGCAUUAGAUGUGCUGAAGAGGGCGAGUAAGAAGACGGGCCCACGUCGAGGAGCCCCAGGCGAAGACAAGUACACGGAUAUGUCCACUGCCAGCAUGUCCCGCUCCAGGAUGAACUUCCGCAGCGGUCGGCGCGGUCCGGCCGCUUACCUGCGGCGCAAAGAGCGCAUGUUGCGCAUCUCCAUCCGCCGCAUGGUGAAGACUGACACGUUCUACCUGAUGGUGCUGAGCCUGGUGGCUCUCAACACCAUCUGCGUGGCCAUCGUGCACCACGACCAACCCGACUGGCUCACUAUCUUCCUCUACUAUGCAGAGUUUGUGUUCCUGGGGCUGUUCUUGGCUGAGAUGUUCCUGAAGAUGUAUGGUUUGGGUUUCCGCCUCUACUUCCAUUCGUCUUUCAACUGCUUCGACUGUGGCGUUAUCGUGGGCAGCAUCUUCGAGGUGGUUUAUGGCUUCUUCAGGCCCGGUAUGUCGUUUGGCAUCAGCGUGCUCAGGGCGCUGAGACUUCUGAGGAUUUUCAAGAUCACCAAAUACUGGGCCUCUCUCAGGAACCUGGUUGUGUCGCUCAUGAGCUCCAUGAAGUCCAUCAUCAGCCUGCUUUUCUUGCUCUUCCUCUUCAUUGUGGUGUUUGCUCUGCUGGGGAUGCAGCUUUUCGGGGGACGGUUCAUCUUUGAAGAUUACACUCCCACCAACUUUGACACGUUUCCAGCUGCGGUCAUGACAGUGUUUCAGAUAUUAACGGGCGAAGACUGGAAUGAUGUGAUGUACAACGGGAUUCGCUCGCAAGGAGGCGUGCAGUACGGGAUGUGGUCGUCCAUCUACUUCAUCGUGCUCACGCUGUUUGGAAACUACACACUCCUCAAUGUCUUUUUGGCCAUCGCUGUGGAUAAUCUGGCCAAUGCGCAGGAACUGACGAAGGAUGAAGAGGAGGAAGAGGAGUUCUUCAACCAACGGUAUGCCAGAGGCAGAGAUGGCUUAAUAUCUGAUGGCAGAAGAAGACCCUACCUAUACAGGAAACGCGCCAUCCACCGAGGUCGACCUACGUUCCCCGACGAGGCGGACGGAGCGAUGGCAGCCGCGGAUGAGCAGCCCCUAAACAGCUCCAACGCCUUCGCCAACCGCCGUGAGAGACGGAGAAAAGUCAACAUGUCCGUGUGGGAGCAGAGAGCCAAUCAGCUGCGAAAACGCCGCCAGAUGGCUAGCAGGGAGGAGCUCUUCAGCGGCCCCACCGAGGACACCAUCGAAACCCCCAGUACCCACCACGUGCCCGCGCUCUCCUCAGAAGCCAGCCCGGCCCACCUGCCCGAGUCCCCCGCGUCCGUGGGGAUGCCCUUGCCUGAACCGCCAAUGUCCAUAACUAUCCCCAUACCUGAGCCCCCGGUGGCCGAGCCUUUGGUCAACCUCUCUGAGGAGAAAACGGGUGGCGCUAACCACCGAACAACAGGCGGGGGCCGGCACAGAAUGGCCCGCAAGUUCAGGCCCGGUCAAGGGCCAGAGGAAGGGGCCAGACACCGACGCCACCGUCACCGCGACACUCGUGCCGAGGCCAAGAGCCUGGACUGUACGCAUGCGCCACACGAUGUGCCGCUGGUCAAGCGCUCACUCAGUCAAGAGAGGAGGAUCCUGGACGAGAGGGAGGAGCAUGAGGAGAAAGCUGAGGCAGAGGGCCAGGUCCAGGACAAUUCUGGAAUGUGUAUCGUCAACCCGUAUGCAGACAUUGGAGAAGAUGGAAGGAUGUCCGAUAUUCCCGAACCUCCUCAGUGCGAGCGGCUUCUGGAUUGUCCAACCAUCCCAGUGGAGACGGCUCUGGAGGCCACGGAGUACACCGUGUGCACCCUUGAAGCUGAGAAAUGUUCGGGCUCCCUCCACCGCGACAAGUCCAAUCCAGAAGGAUGCGUGGCCAUUGAGAUGUCCGCACAACCGCUGCUGGAGUUGACACCCAUGACAGUGAACAGUAAAGAGUUGGAGGCCUAUCAUUCUGAGCAGAGAGACAAAGACGAAGACACAGAAGAAGAGGAACCUCCUAUUCCUCCCAAACCUGUAGCUCCGGACAGUAUGUUCCUCUUCAAGGCCUCCAACCCGAUCAGAAGGAUUUGCCAUUACAUUGUCACCAUACGUUACUUCGAGAUGACCAUCCUACUCGUGAUUGUGGCGAGUAGCAUCGCGCUGGCCGCUGAAGACCCCGUGUCCACCAGUUCGGAAAGAAACAAGGUCCUGCGUUAUUUUGAUUAUGUCUUCACCGGGGUGUUCACCUUUGAAAUGAUCAUCAAGAUGAUCGAUCAGGGCCUCAUCCUGCACGACGGCUCCUACUUCCGAGACAUGUGGAACAUCCUGGACUUCAUCGUGGUGGUGGGGGCGCUCAUUGCCUUCGCUCUGACAAACAACAAAGGUCGUGACAUCAAGACCAUCAAGUCCCUUCGCGUUCUGAGAGUCCUGCGGCCGCUCAAGACCAUCAAGAGGCUUCCGAAACUCAAGGCCGUGUUCGACUGCGUGGUGACGUCCCUGAAGAACGUCUUCAACAUCCUCAUCGUGUACCAGCUCUUCAUGUUCAUCUUCGCCGUCAUCGCCGUGCAGCUCUUCAAGGGCAAGUUCUUCUACUGCACCGACAGCUCCAUGAACACGGAGAAGGAGUGCCAAGGCUACUACAUCGACUACACCAGAGACAAGAAGGAAGUGAAGAGGAGAGAGUGGAAGCGACACGAAUUCCACUACGACAACGUGUGCUGGGCCCUCCUCACUCUCUUCACCGUCUCCACCGGCGAGGGAUGGCCUCAGGUGUUGCAGCACUCAACCGACGUGACGGAGGAGAGCAUGGGGCCGAGUCGAGGCAACCGCAUGGAGAUGUCUGUUUUCUACGUGGUGUACUUUGUGGUCUUCCCCUUCUUCUUUGUCAACAUAUUCGUGGCUCUGAUCAUCAUCACCUUCCAGGAGCAGGGCGACAAGAUGAUUCAGGAGUGCAGUCUGGAGAAGAAUGAGAGGGCCUGCAUUGACUUUACCAUCAGCGCCAAGCCCAUGACGCGCUACAUGCCCCAGAACAGGCAAACCUUCCAGUACAAGCUGUGGCACUUUGUGGCCUCGCCCUCUUUCGAGUACACCGUGCUGGUGAUGAUCGCCCUCAACACGGUGGUCCUCAUGAUGAAGUACCACUCGGCCCCCACAGCCUAUGACACUGUCCUGAAGCACCUCAACACAGCCUUCACCGUCCUCUUCUCCCUGGAGUGCAUUCUCAAGAUCAUGGCGUUUGGUUUUGUGAAUUAUUUCCGAGACACCUGGAAUAUUUUUGACUUUAUCACAGUGCUUGGCAGCAUCACUGAGAUCGUUGUGGAUUUACAGUCGAUGAACUCCAUCAACAUGAGCUUCCUAAAGCUCUUCCGAACAGCCCGCUUGAUCAAGCUGCUGAGGCAGGGUUACACCAUUCGCAUCCUGCUAUGGACCUUCGUUCAGUCUUUCAAGGCACUUCCUUACGUCUGCCUGCUCAUCGCCAUGCUUUUCUUCAUAUACGCCAUCAUCGGAAUGCAGGUGUUCGGAAACAUCAAGCUGAAUGACGAGAGCCACAUCAAUCAGCACAACAACUUCAAGACUUUUUUCGGCGCGCUCAUGCUGCUUUUCAGGAGUGCGACGGGGGAGUCCUGGCAGGAGAUCAUGCUUUCCUGUCUGUCGGGUCAGGGGUGCGAGCCCGACCCCUCCAUCGCCCCCUUCACCUUGUCUCCGGACCACGAGGGGGGCUGCGGCACCGACUUUGCAUACUGCUACUUUGUCUCCUUCAUCUUCUUCAGCUCCUUCCUGAUGUUGAAUUUGUUCGUGGCUGUCAUUAUGGAUAACUUUGAGUACCUGACACGAGACUCCUCAAUCCUCGGACCGCAUCACCUGGACGAGUUUGUCAGGAUCUGGGGGGAAUACGAUCGUCUGGCAUGUGGGCGCAUCCACUACACCGCCAUGUAUGAGAUGUUAACACACAUGUCUCCUCCCCUGGGCCUGGGCAAAAAAUGCCCUGCCAAGAUCGCUUAUAAGAGGCUGGUGCUGAUGAACAUGCCGGUGGACGAGGACAUGACGGUGCACUUCACCUCCACGCUCUUGUCGCUCAUACGCACGGCACUGGACAUCAAAAUAGCCCGAGGUGGCGAGGACCGCAUCGCCUUGGAUGUGGAACUGCAAAAGGAGAUCAGCAUCAUCUGGCCCUACCUGCCCCAGAAGAACCUGGACCUUCUGGUUCCCAUCAACAAAGACACGGACAUGACGGUGGGGAAGAUCUACGCCUCCAUGAUGAUCAUGGACUACUUCAAGCAGAACAAGGCCAAGAAGCUGCGGCAAAAGCUGGAAGCUCAGAAGAGCAACCUGAUCUUCAAGCGUCUGGAUGCGUCCACCCUCCCUGAGGACAUUCUGUCCAACGCGCAGCCUCUGGCCAUGAUGGCCCACAGCGCUGGAUCCGCCCUGACACGAGGGGGUUUUGUGGCCUUGAGUCCCAUUUCACCACAGGAGCUGUUUCUGCAGUCCAUAAACUCAGACACGGAUGCUGGUCAGCAACAGAACCUGGUGGGCGAGUGCCGUUCGGGGAUUCCGCUAGGGAGGGGCCUGUGCGUGCGGGCCUCCUCCGUGCCGCGCCUGGCUGUAGAGUGGCAGACGGAGGGUGCCUGUGGAUCAAUGAAGCGUUCCGCCUCUUCCGCAUCAGACCAACACGUCAACGGUCUUUGGCAGGAAGAGAAAAGUCCCGAGCGCUUUUACCGACCUCGUCACAAGAGCUACAAGGCGGCAGUGUCUCGGUCCGAGCACUGGCAGCGGGGCGAGCGGGACCGAGGCCGGUCCAAGGAGCGUUGCCACCUUCUCUCUCCGGGCGCGUCGCGCUGCAACUCGGAGGAGCGCAGCUUGCAGCCGUCGCGUUCCUCCAGCGUGGAGAGGACACGGCACCGAGAAAAACAGGGUAACAGCUCAGACAGUCCCGUGCCCUCCACAUCGGAGUCCAGCACCCCCAGUGUCCGACGACCUUCAUCGCAGACCCCCACCCGCUCUCGUCCUCACAUCUCCUACUCACCGCUCGUGUGUCGCGCCGACCCUUCCGUCGGCGAGGACGACGAGACGGAGAACGCCGGGCGGGACCGGGAGGCCGUCGGCGACGAGCGAGGGGGCGAGGCGGGCCUGCACCCGUCACCUCUGCGCCGCUAUCCCUCCGAGCCCUUCCUGGCCUCGCAGGAGGAGGACCACAGCCCCGAUCCCACCGGCCCCAUGGAGACGUUGACCUUCGAGGCGGCCGUGGCCUGCAGCCUGGGACGCUCAAACACCGUCAGCUCUGCCCGCCCGCGCUUGCGGACCGGCUGGCAGGUCCCCAACGGACACUUUCGCAAGCGUCUGGCGCAGACGGCCUCAGUGGCGGGCAACGACCCGCUCAGCGACACCGAGGAGGAUGACCGCUGCUAGGGACAAAGACACAGCGACUCUUUGCUGUCAACAUUUUAAAACACAAGUUGACAGCAACAAAGAAAAACUUCUUCCUGAAACUGUCCUUGCCAAUUCACAUCAAACAAUUACUAUUUAAAAAGCAAAAAAAAAAAAAAAAAAGGUCUACUUCCUGCCUUCUACUUGAUGAGAGAGGAACAAUUGUUCAUUGGAAGCAGCCACAGGAUGAAAGGAUAGUAAAGUGGGGUAAACACAUAUGAUUUUUGUUCAUAAAUAGUAAACGUAUUUAACAUUUAGAAUUGUCGGCCCCGACCGUUUUCCCAGCAGCUUGGGGAGAAAAUCCACUCAGCCCGAUUGUACAGUAGUUAACGCGUGUACCCCGCUUAAAAAUACAGUGCUGGGCAAAAGUUGAAAUAGCGCAUUAGCCUCAUUUCACACAGCAACACGGUAUCCCACGACUUUGUUCUGCCGUGGUGCAUGGGGCUCGGAAAAACCUAUAACAUUUUGGUGAGGGUCUGGCUAAAGGUCCGGCUACUAUUUUCUACACAUUUUAAAGCAUCAAUGGAGCAGUCCACCCCCAAGAAUCAUAAUGGCACCUCCCGUCUGUUUGCCAUGCUCCGCGAACCAGAAGGCGGCCUAACUCACAAAUGGACAACAGAUAAAUUUUUUUGUUAGUUUCGUUUUUCAUUUUUGUUGGUUUUGGUGGUGGUUUAUGCUCAAUCUACUGACAUUGUACCAAUACAAUAUGGUCAUUAUAGCAUUUCUAAACAGGAAACCUAAUGGCGACCACAGUACUGUACAAUGAAUCAAAUGAUAGCCAUUAGAUGAUUUAGUGUUGCUCAUUGCAGUGUUUAAGUUUAGUGUGAAUAUGUAACUACAUUUUCCUAUCAAUGACUUUUCUGUAAAUACAUUGUGACCAUCACAGCAUCCACACAAAGAAACUAACAACUUUUCCAUGUAUGGAUCACCGAACAACAGAAGUGCUGGAUUUUAUUUAUUUAUAUUUUUUAAAUACACUAUGAAUGGAUCUGCAUGGGGGGUGUCAUUUUUUUCUUUUCAUCUAAUUCAUAACUUGUGAGAUAAGAAUGCACCUGUAGAAUAAUAGAAAACAUGCUUCUUUGUCAUUUCAACCAGCUAAAUUAACCUUUAAAAUCUUUCUUCUAUAUCAUUCCUGUUUAAUGUUUUUGCCAGUCGACAGACACCCUUUACAGAUGGGAGCAAUGUAAUCUAUCAGGAACACCAUCGACACUUUAUAUCAGUUGAUCAUUUUUUACCUUGUGAAUAUUCAAAAUAGAAACCAGUGCAGACAGUGACUGUAGAGACACAUCACUACACGUUUCUCUACUACUUACUAAUAAUGUACAGAGGCUCUUUGUAACGUUUAGGAGAAAAUAAAUCAAUCGUAAAAAGGCUGACAAUCACGAACCCCACCCCCCAAAAAAGAUUUGCUUCAUGAGUUCCUGGAAAGAAAAUACAAACAAAAUUUGUAAGUGUAUAAUAGCUGUAUAUACAAAUAAAUGUGUCCCAACUCCA